UGAAUAUUCAAAGUCAGGGUUGUCAGUUUGGAGCUAAAUCCCAGAAAUUUGGUUCUUUUGGAUCGUGUCUGGCCCGGAAAAUUUCAUUUGACUCUCUCGCUCUUUUUUGGCUCCAAACUCCAAAUGUUCAAGAAGAUAUAGGGAAAGGAGAGGCAAGAAAAAAAAAAAAUGAAAGUGAAGAAAAGAGCUCGGAUUGCUUACUUAAACUAGUUAACUCUCGAUUUAAUGCCCUAGCCCAUUUGGUCUCUGAAUAAUUUACAAACCUUCUACUGUUGUGCAAGAGCAUUUAAAUUUACUGUCUCGUGCUUGUGGCUCGUUACGUUUGUACACAUUCUCUGUUCCUUGAACCAUAAUUUAUUGUGAGCAGGCACAGAAUGAGAGGCCUGCUAUCGUUAAGUGUGUAAACAACGAAUGGUCCGGCCGGUCCCACAUCCCGCUCAGAAGCGUCGGUAGGAAACGAGAAUGUGCUUAUAAACAGGCCUAGCCAACACUUCGUUAAUGAUGCGAGUAAAGGGCCGAGGGCUCGCCGGCUCGUUUACACAGAGCGAUGACGAUAGGAACAGACGAAGGGCAAGUAGAGCUCAAUGCAGAGAGAGGAUGAAGAAAUACAGGUUCAAUGAUCCAUCGAAGCAGACAACCCUCCAAAGGUACAGGCCUUACAUUCUCCUUUUUCUUGGCUGGAACCUAAUCGGAGUUUUAGGUUGGAAAUUUGCAACAUUUCAAGCUAAAGAUAAUGAUCCAACUUGGGAUUCUAAGUCAGAAGCUGAACGAAUCGUCUCUGUAUAUGGAGGUCAAGCAAUUAGACACAAAAUUACCAUUGGCAAGAGAUCAGAAGAUGAAACCGGGACGUCAUAGUUUUUCUGUAGCCUACAUAAAUAAUUUAGAUGUAUAUACAAUAGCAAAAUAAAUAUGUGAGGCACUAUGGGGAAAUCAGGUGAUUG